CUCCGCCUCUGUCUCUACAGUGAGGCUGGUUGACCUACAGUAGCUUUCAAGAUGUCCGAACAACACACCUUGCCGGUGACCCUCCCUCCUGCCCUGUGUCAGGAGAUCCUCAAGACUGUUCCUCCUCCAGCUGCCUUCCAUCAGGAACAAAUGGUGCAGCCAACUCCACUGCCUGCCCCAUGCCAGAAGGAGCCCUGUGAGCCCCCAGUGGAGGUCGUCUCAAAGCUUGAAGAGAAACAUGCAAAUCCUGUGAAUGGGGGUUCUGAGCCAGAGUGUCAGCAGCCCGAGCCACAGGUGCAGGAAGUACACGAGGGACAGCAGCAGCAGCCACAGGGGCAGGAAGUACACGAGGGACAGCAGCCACAGCAGCUACAGGGGCAGGAAGUGCAUGUGGGACAGAAGCCACAGCCAGAGCCACAGGUGCAAGAAUUGCAUGAGGGACAGCAGCCAGAGCCAGAGCCACAGGAGCAGGAAGUGCACGAGGGACAGCAGCAGCCACAGGUGCAGGAAGUACACGAGGGACAGCAGCCACAGCAGCCACAGGUGCUGGAAGUGCCUGAGGGACAGCAGCCACAGCCAGAGCCACAGGAGCAGGAAUUGCAUGUGGGACAGAAGCCACAGCCAGAGCCACAGGUGCAAGAAUUGCAUGAGGGACAGCAGCCAGAGCCAGAGCCACAGGAGCAGGAAUUGCAUGUGGGACAGAAGCCACAGCCAGAGCCACAGGUGCAAGAAUUGCAUGAGGGACAGCAGCCAGAGCCAGAGCCACAGGAGCAGGAAUUGCAUGUGGGACAGAAGCCACAGCCAGAGCCACAGGUGCAAGAAUUGCAUGAGGGACAGCAGCCACAGCCAGAGCCACAGGUGCAAGAAUUGCAUGUGGGACAGAAGCAGCAGCCCGAGCCACAAGAGCAGGAAUUGCAUGUGGGACAGAAGCAGCAGCCCGAGCCACAGGAGCAGGAAUUGCAUGUGGGACGGAAGCAGCAGCCCGAGCCACAGGAGCAGGAAUUGCAUGUGGGACAGAAGCAGCAGCAGCCACAGGAGCAGGAAUUGCAUGUGGGACAGAAGCCACAGCCAGAGCCACAGGAGCAGGAAUUGCAUGUGGGACGGAAGCAGCAGCCCGAGCCACAGGAGCAGGAAUUGCAUGUGGGACAGAAGCAGCAGCCCAAGCCACAAGAGCAGGAAUUGCAUGUGGGACAGAAGCAGCAGCCCGAGCCACAAGAGCAGGAAUUGCAUGUGGGACAGAAGCCACAGCCAGAGCCACAGGAGCAGGAAUUGCAUGUGGGACAGAAGCAGCAGCCCAAGCCACAAGAGCAGGAAUUGCAUGUGGGACAGAAGCAGCAGCCCGAGCCACAAGAGCAGGAAUUGCAUGUGGGACAGAAGCCACAGCCAGAGCCACAGGAGCAGGAAUUGCAUGUGGGACGGAAGCAGCAGCCCGAGCCGCAAGAGCAGGAAUUGCAUGUGGGACAGAAGCCACAGCCAGAGCCACAGGAGCAGGAAUUGCAUGUGGGACAGAAGCAGCAGCCCGAGCCACAAGAGCAGGAAUUGCAUGUGGGACAGAAGCCACAGCCAGAGCCACAGGAGCAGGAAUUGCAUGUGGGACAGAAGCAGCAGCCCGAGCCACAAGAGCAGGAAUUGCAUGUGGGACAGAAGCCACAGCCAGAGCCACAGGAGCAGGAAUUGCAUGUGGGACAGAAGCAGCAGCCCAAGCCACAAGAGCAGGAAUUGCAUGUGGGACAGAAGCAGCAGCCCGAGCCACAGGAGCAGGAAUUGCAUGUGGGACAGAAGCAGCAGCCCGAGCCACAGGAGCAGGAAUUGCAUGUGGGACAGAAGCCACAGCCAGAGCCACAGGAGCAGGAAUUGCAUGUGGGACAGAAGCAGCAGCCCGAGCCACAGGAGCAGGAAUUGCAUGUGGGACAGAAGCCGCAGCCAGAGCCACAAGAGCAGGAAUUGCAUGUGGGACGGAAGCAGCAGCCCGAGCCACAGGAGCAGGAAUUGCAUGUGGGACAGAAGCAGCAACAGCCACAGGAGCAGGAAGUGCAGCCGCAGAAGCAGGAACAGCAUGAGGGACAUCACGGGGCAGAAAAUCUCAACCAGCAGCUUGAGCAAGAAAAAGCACAUAGGGAGCAGCAGCCAAAGGGGCAGCUGGAGCAGAAGACACAGCUCUUGGAGCAGCAGCUUGAUCAAGAGGUAGCAAAGACAGAAGAGCAGGUGGGAAACAGAGAAGAGCGGCCGGAGCACCCAGAGCAGCCUGCCUUUCUCACAACGCCUGGCCAGGUCCAAGAGGUCCAGCCAUGCCUGCCACCGAAGGGAGAAGCUUUGGUCCCCAGAGAGCAGCUGCAGCAGAAGUAGGAGGUGCA